ACGGGUGAGAGAUCAAUACCUCUCCAAUGAAAUAUUAGGGUCAUCUCUUCGUUUCAGAAGAUGAAGGGUUGAGAAGUCCAGUUGCGUCGCCGUCCCGCCGCCGCUCCUCCUCGCGUUCGCCGGCAACCGGAGCACCUCCUCCUCCUCCUCCUCCUCCGCCAUCGCCAUCAUGACUGCUGCGACCACCACUACCUCCGCUACCACCUCCGUCGAUGCCCUCUUUUCACACCACCGCCUCCUCCUCUUUCUCCUCCGUCGAUCUUCACAAAUCUGCAAAUGUCCCUGAACCAGAAUCGCUAUAUAAAAUCAAGAACCCCAACUAUAAGGGCAAGUGGUGCUUCAGAAAAUCAAGAACCCCAUUUUGAUGACUCCUUCGAUGUCUGCUUCUCCAGUCCACUGAAUAGGUCGAAGAGAACAGCUGAAAUCAUUUGGAGUGCUCGCAAGGAGGAGAUUAUUACUGAUUCUGAUCUGAGGGAAAUUGACCUGUACUCUUUUCAAGGUCUCCUAAAGCAUGAGGGAAAAGCAAAGUUUGGUGCGGCAAAUUUUAAUAUUGAUGGUCAUUAUCCAGUGAUGGAGUUAUGGGAUCGUGCUAGUUGCUGCUGGACCAAAAUCUUAACUCACGAAAGCAGGUCUGUUCUUGUGGUUGCUCACAAUGCUGUUAAUCAGGCCCUCGUUGCAACAGCGAUUGGCUUAGGCACCGAGUAUUUCAGGAUUUUACUGCAGAGCAAUUGUGGUGUGAGUGUGCUGGAUUUCACCCCACGACUAGAGGGUGGGUCUCCAUAUACAUGUCUUAAUCGCUUAAAUCAGAUUGAAAAGGAUGCCUUUGAGGAGGCAGAGAAAGCAAGAAGAGCUAAGGAAGAGGAGGAUUGUGGUGCAGAGAUUGUUAUCACUCUCGCAGUCACUGAAGGUAACUGGAUGCCACUUUCAGAGCUUCCUAUGCAUUCAUGAUUAACUUCAAGCUUUCAUCAAAAUUCAGGUGAUUGGCAAUUUUUUUUGUUAAUAUUAUGCCUAACUUCCAACUAAUCCCACUUUUGACAUUCUUUUGGUGAAUCUUUAUAGUAUUGUUGAUGUAUUGAAAGCAAAAGAGAAGAAAUGUACACUUGCAAUUCAGAGCUUCCUAUGAAAUGAGCAUAUUGCAGACCCAUAUAGCAAUUAAGUGUUCAUCCAAUUUUUUUUCUCACAAGUUUCUAUUUACAUCAGCACUUUCUCAUCAUUGAUACUUCACAACACUUCUUUCAUAACAACAUAUAUGCAUGUUCUAUAUUGGAAUAAAUGAAUAGUAAUGACUUUCAUUAUUUAAUAUUGAUGAGUUUUCUUUUUUAUUUACUACAUCUGUUUCCUAACUCAAUUGCUGAAGGUCUCUUCAGGCUCCGGAGAUGCAAGAAUCUGAACACAAGUCCAAUUGCAAUGCAAAAUAUUCUAAAUUGCAAGGGACUGAUGUCCAUGUUUAGAAUGAUGACUUUGGACUGUGACAUGAUAGCCGUGGGAUGCUAUCCUUUCAUUUCACCGUAUCUCAUUUUGCCAUUUAUCCUUGUGUUUUUGUGUCUGAUCUUUUUUUGUUUUUUGGGCCUCCUUUUCCCAGGUGCGAACCAUUGUGAAACCAGGGUGUUCACAGGAUGUUCUCAAGGCAGCUUUGAGUGCCAUGGCUUCUGUGACAGAAAUUCUCUCAGUAAUGACCUCGUUUUCGAACAGUGGGGUGACACCAUUUUAGAAGCACAAAUUAACCACUUUGAAAACAAUCUUGGAAAGGUAAUGCAGAAAGGCAUUUGCCUAGUUGGGAUGAUGGGUUCAACUUCCAUGGUACUGCAGGUGCCAGCAGCAGUGGACGAAGGGGAUGGGCGAGUGGGAGUAGUUGGCCCCUUCCAAUCUGAGGGUUUUAUGGAAGGACUCGAACAAUGGGAGCUU